AUGACCUCUAUAUUUCAUCAAAAAAACGGAACAGACUUAAAUAACUCAAUUUCUUCAUCAACAUUGAAUUCUAAUUCCAAUAUGAUCUUCUACAAGUCUGAGUUUCAUGGGCAGUCUAAUGACAAUGCUCUUUCAACUACUCCAGUUCAAAACUGUUUGACUGAUAACCGUAAUCUAAAUAUUUCUAUUAGUAAUGUAGUAACAAACUUCAGCGUAAAAUCGCACUUAAACCUACGGUUUUUAGCUCUGAACGGUAACAAUAUAGAAUACAGACGUGAAAAUGGAAUGCUCACAAUGAAAUUACGGAACCCAAAUGCUACUGCUACUAUUUGGUCAAGUGGAAAAAUUGCUUGCACAGGUUCUACAUCUGAAAGUCGCGCUAAAAUUGCUUCCAGGCGUAUAGCUAGAAUCAUUCAAAAACUUGGUUAUCACAAUGCUAAAUUUAGCAGUUAUAGGAUUGUCAAUGUUCUUGGAUCAUGUUCACUGCCAUUUCCGAUCAAAGUCAUACAGUUUUCGGAAAAAUAUAAAACAAUUGCUCAGUAUGAACCCGAGUUACAUCCUGGUGUUACUUUUAAGAUCAAAGAAUUAAAAGCUACAUUGAAAAUAUUUUCUACAGGUAGUAUAACAGUAACUGCACCAAGUGUAGCAAAUGUUUAUCAAGCAAUCGAGCAAAUUUAUCCAAUGGUUUUCCCAUUUCGCCGGGAGAGAACUGCUGAAGAUGAAAGAGUAAUACGCAAAUUAAUGACAAAAAAAAGAAAUUUUUCUGAAAUUGAUAAUAAUGUAUCAAUGUAUAACUCGGGAAACAGUGUAACCAAACGAAAUUGUGAUGAUUUAGCCAUUGGCAUAGUAAAUGUUGAAAAUAAUUUAAAUAAUAUUAGUAAAGAAGAAUAUGAAAAUGAUCUCUGA